AAUAACUGAUUUUACUUUUAUCCAAUACACUCCCAUGACUUGGUCUAGAGGGUGCUUAGAGAAGAUCACAAUCACCAGAAUCUUUUCGAAAUUGCGAUUAAAGAGGAAGCCAGAACAUCAUAGAGCAGCUGACCACAUUCAAUAAACGUCUUCAGCCAUGUUGUCAUCCAAACAAGGACACCGCUGAAAGGGUGACAAAACCAGAAGCAUGACUAAUUUUAUUUCAAGUGCAGACCCCACUUGUUCUCCAAGUCCAGACUCAUAGCGAGAGGGUUAUGAUUAAGCCGUCAUCAGUCUAUUCAGGAAAACAAGGCGUUUCCAAGAUCAUUGAACGACAAAGAUGGCGAGCUGCUCUUACUUCCUCCUCCUCCUCCUCCUCCUCGCUUUCUUGAUCCUGGUGUCUUCUGGUGUGCAUGGAGACCAUAUCUCGAAGUCAAACGUAAACGAUGACUUGCAUAAGCGAAUGAAAAGAGAAUGGAUCUGGAAUAAAAUGCAUAUUCCUGAAGAGCAGAACGGGACUUUGCCCCAUCAUGUUGGAAAGAUCACCUCAACGAUCAAGAAUCGCAAUGCCAAAUACGUCCUUGAAGGGGAAGGUGCUGGGACUUUGUUCAGAGUCGAUGAAUUUACUGGAGAUGUCUCUGUGAGUGAAACGCUGGACCGAGAGAAGAAAGCGGAAUAUGAACUCACAGCCCUGAUUUACAAUCGUCUUACCAAUCAACAGUUGGAGGACCCGUCCAAAUUCCGUAUCAUUGUUCAUGACAUUAAUGACAAUGCCCCAGUAUUUGUCCAAAAGGUGUUUAAUGGUUCGGUGGUAGAAAUGUCACCACUAGGAACAUCUGUCACCAAAGUGACAGCUGUGGAUGCUGAUGACCCAACCCUUCAUGGUCAUGCAGAUGUUUUCUACGAAGUUACUGAUGGCAAAAACUACUUCAGAAUAGACAACUCAGGAACCAUUUACACAGCUGUGCCUGACUUGGAUAGAGAACAAAAAGCUACUUAUACCAUUCGGGUAAAAGCGAGGGACGGCAAGGGUCUACAUGCUGAAGAAUUGGGCACUGCUACUGUCAUCAUUAAAUUAAUUGACAUCAACGACAAUUUUCCAACAUUUAAGCAAAAAAAUUUCACUUUCGAAGUCCCUGAAAACGUCAGUUUGACCGGUGAAGUCGGUAGAUUAAAAGUAGAGGACAUCGAUGAACCACAAAACAGGGAUACCAAGUACAGCUUUCGCCAAGGGAAUUACCAAGACACCUUUAAAAUUAUACCAAAUCGCUACACAAAUGAAGGAGUAAUUCAACCAACAAAGCUCUUGGACUUUGAAAAGAUACCUGAAUACAGGUUUGUGGUUGAAGCGACUGACGCCAAUAUCAAUUAUGCCUAUGCUGCACGGAAGGGUCUCGAGAACCUUGCAAGAGUAAUUAUCAAAGUUAUCGAUGUCGACGAACCCCCGGUUUUCACCCAGCCUUCCUAUACAUUCACUGUCCAAGAAGAAGGUGCCACAAAGAUAUCCAUUGGAUGCGUUUCCGCAAGUGACCCUGAUAAAGCCAGGCGGAAAAUAAGCUACCAUAUCUUAAGAUCCACUUCUUUUGAAAUAAGCACCAGUGGCUGCAUUUUUGCCACAAAGCGUCUGGACAGAGAAGAAAACAGCUGGCAUAAUAUAACUGUCGCAGCCAAUGAGCUGGAUCAAAAUAAAAAGAUAAUCCCCAGAUUAGAAACCCACGUACCAGUUUAUAUUAAAAUUAAGGAUAUAAAUGACAAUGCCCCAGAAUUCGCUUUUCCGUAUGAUCCACGUGUGUGUGAAAAUGCUGCACCUGGACAGUUGAUCAUAAGAAUUUCGGCUGUGGACAAGGAUGAAACGCCACCAGAUGUGAAAUUCAAGUAUUUCCUGACUUCUGAAGACAGCAACUUCACCCUCAUUGACAAUCAUGAUAACACAGCAAACGUCACCGUCAAGUUUGGCCAGUUCAACCGAGAGCUACUCAAAACUCAUCUCUUGCCUAUCAUCAUCUCCGACAAUGGGGCACCACCACAGACCAGCACAAACACUCUUACCAUCCGGAUUUGCCAAUGCGAUAAGGAAGGGGACUUCACUCUUUGCGAAGAGCAAGCGAAGCAAGUUGGAGUUGGCAUCCAAGUGUUGGUGACCAUCUUUGUCUGCAUCUUCACCAUCCUUGCAUUAACUAUGCUGCUGAUAGUCUGGAGGAGGCGGCACAAGAAAGAUCUCAGUGUUCUCAAGAAGAAUGUAGAAGAGAUCCAUGAGCAGCUGGUGGCUUACGAUGAAGAAGGCGGCGGUGAAAUGGACACCACCAGUUAUGACGUCUCGGUCCUCAACUCAGCCCGCCAGAGAGGGCUGCUAUGCCCCAGAAUGCCUUUGGAGGAUCCACCUUGCAAAUAUUCCCGGGAACAAAAGAUCCCCGAGAACGGACUUUCAGGCAUUGGAGAAAUGGGCAUCAUGAUUGAGAUGAAAAAAGAUGAAGCUGAUAAUGAUGGAGAUAUCUUGCCCUAUGACACCCUCCACAUAUUUGGCUAUGAAGGGGGCGAGUCUAUUGCGGAAUCUCUAAGCUCCCUGGGCUCAGGGUCCUCAGACUUGGAUAUUGAUUAUGAUUUCCUCAAUGAUUGGGGUCCCAGAUUCAAGAUGCUGGCAGACCUUUACGGUCUGGAACCUAGUGGAGAUCUCAUCUACUGAGGAUAGUCAGUGGCAGACCAUCCCAACCCUGUCCAUAAACAGUAAAACUGAAAGACUGUUCAACUCUUUGUGCAUUCCUCAAACAAAAGAAAAUCAGAUGGGUUUGUUUUUUUUUACACAUUUUCAGAGCAGACUGUGUUAACCUAAGGGAAACAAGCUUUAAACAAAAUCAGGUCUGAAGAUAUAUAUAUAUAUAUUUCCUAAAUGGGAAUGCCAUUGUACUGAGGGAUAGAAAUGUUUCUCCUUAUAUAGAAAUCCACUGUUUAAAUGCUUUUAAAGCACUGUAGUUUUUUUGCCUGUUAAAAGAAAGCUUAGAUCCAAUUCAAAGCCUCUAUUGUCAUUGUACAUCAUGUAGACAACGAAAUUGGUUUAGCCUCUACUGGUGCAGUCCAUACAAAAACACAAGACAACAUGAAUAAUAUAAAGAAUAAUCUUUAUACAGAGGGACGCGGUGGCUCAGCAGCUAAGACACUGAGCUUGUCGAUUGAAAGGUCGGCACUUCAGCAGUUCGAAUCCCUAGCGCCAUGUAACGGGGUGAGCUCCCGUGACUUGUCCCAGCUUCUGCCAACCUAGCAGUUCGAAAGGACGUAAAAAAUGCAAGUAGAAAAAUAGGGACCACCUUUGGUGGGAAGGUCACAGCGUUCCAUGCGCCUCUGGUGCUCAGUCAUGCCGGCCACAUGACCACGGAGAAGUCUUUGGACAGCGCUGGCUCUUCGGCUUUGAAACGGAGAUGAGCACCGCCCCCUAGAGUCGGGAACAACUAACACAUAUGUGUGAAGGGAACCUUUACCUUAAUCCUUAUACAAGUAGUUAGAAAAAAACUAGUCAUACAUUUCCAUUUGUAAUUCAUAUUCUGUGCAACAUGUAUAUUACUCUGGUGUAUGAUCUUAUGUCAUGGUAUAUACAUAUUACACACUACACUGGCGCCAGUGAAAUUCGAUGUGAAUCAUCAGUUGAAAGACGACGUCUCAUUUGUCCUCAUUGUUGCAGCUAUUCUAAUUAAAUGUAUUUUUAGUUACAA